AUGAACAUCACUAAUUCAACUGAAGGACCUUGCGAAAUGCCUGCGCGUCCAUUCUUCAUAUGUAUAUACACACUCAUCUUUCUGGCAAGCCUGGUGCUCAAUAGCAUUACAAUACAUGUGUAUUUUUGUAAAUCUACCAUUGAGUCCAGCAUCACAGUCUAUCUCAAGAACCUGGCUGUCGCCGACUUGUUUGUCUGCCUGUGCUUGUUAUUACGCAUAUUUAAAUAUGCCUACAGUUCAGUGGAAAUUCAACGCAUCUACUGUAACUUUGGUGCCCCAGCCUCCUACCUGAACAUGUACUGCAGUAUUUUCUUCAUGGGCUACAUUGCUGUAAACAGAUACUUGAGGAUUGUAAAGCCAAUGGAAACGUACACGUUGCAAACAGUCCGCUCGAGCCGCUACAUCUGCCUUGUGACCUGGGCUGUCCUGCUGUGUGCUGUUUGUGUCUACAUUGUUGUUUUCAUCAGUUCCCACAGUGCUGAUAAAAACAAUUCUACCCACAUUGGUUUCGAUUGUGACAUCUUUCAUAGUGACUUGCUCAAACAGAUCUAUCUGGUCAUGCAUGUUGUUUCUUUUUUUCUGUUUCUGUUUGUGCUGGUAUCUCUGGUUCUGCUUUAUUGGUGGACUAUACAGAGGCUUCAACAAGCUCAGCACACGAUGCCAGCACUGACUGGCAGCACCAAGCUUAGCAAGUCUAAGCGUAACAUGCUGGUGUUAGUGACCAUUUUCUGUGUGUGCUUUGUGCCCUAUCACUUGGUGAGACUGGCUUACACCUUCAAACCCUUGCUGCAAGACUGUGCAUCUGCACAGACAUUUUACAUCCUGAAAGAGAUAACUGUUCUGCUUGCAGUACUAAAUGCCUCCUUGGAUCCAAUUAUUUACUUUGUCUUUUGCAACACCUUCAGGGCCUGGCUUAACCUUUAACAGAAAUGUCGCCAACCAGAACAAGAGAUGAAGGUAAAGUGUGUAAA